AUUCAAUUUUCUCCUUUUUCUACAAACAACGCAAAAAAAUGGAUCCCAUAGUAAAAGGUCAAAGAAGAUUGGUUUCUUACAAGUAUGAACAAUGCAAAUUACUGGUAAAGCAUCGAGGCGCGUUCGCAAUGCCACCAGCUGUCUCUGGUGCAAGACAGUUACAACCCAAUGGAACUUUUCACGUCGCGGUAAUUGCAAUGUCCACUGAUCCUCUCAAUAAAGCCGGUACUCAACUGGCUGGAUAUGGCGCCGUGUUCCUCGAUGACGCAAUGAGCCUUGUUGCAGGGCACAAUGAGGGCCCACACACUAGUGGUGUACUCGCUCUUUUACUUGCAAUCAGACACGUAUUGCAAGUCAGUCCAGCCAACCAAUCCUUGACAAUUAUUUCAACAAGUCCAGCCAUCGUACACAUCUCGAGCCUGGGCGAAAUCCUCAAGAGGAAGAAAUUGUAUGGCCAUCUCAUCCCGUGUAUUGGCGCCAUUAACGAUCUACUCAAGAAGAAAACUGCUCCAGUUCACGGUUACUGGAUGCAACCGGGCGCCCGCAUCGGCUGGAUGGAGGACUUUCAUGAACUGGCGCGCAAAGCUGCUAGUGAAGCGCGAAAACUCAAGAUAGCAGGGGAUACUGUUUACCAAUCGGCUCCGUUACCUCAGCCUUUGAUCCCAGUUGCUCCUCCUCCGCGUCCACCAUCUCCACAACGUCCUGUAGAUAAUUUCAUCACGGACCAAGAGUGUGAGGCUGUUCCCAGACGACUUAACAAACUACAAAACGAGCGACAACAGCUCCUGGAGGCUCGCCGAGGAGACCAUGACAUGGACGAACGGCUUGUCCAAAUUCUCGCCGAGCCAAAUCAGUUGAAAGAUACGGCAUAUCACGUUGCAUUCAUCGCGUUGUCUGUGGAUGGCCCGGACGAAUGUGGCUUCCAGGCGGGUGGUUAUGGAGUUGUUUGGACAGACCAUAAUCGACCCAACCAAUGCGGAUAUUAUGAGAGCCCUGGUGCAGGCACUCUCAUCUUUUUAUUGUUGGCUGUCAAGGAUGCUCUGGCUGAAUGUGCGCGCAACCAACGACUCAUCAUUGCAACAUCGAAUCAGGCGAUUGUCAAUUUUUUGAAUCGUAAGAAGGGCCUCAAGAACAACCCAUACAUGGAACCUUACAUUCAAGAGAUAACGCAGGAGCUGCAAAUGCGGGUCGCGCCCACCCACUCUGUACUGAUUGACGAUGGUUACCUAAGAUUGAGCUGGGCAAAGGGUUUUUACAAUCUGGCCAGAAAAGUCGGGAAGGAAGGGCGCAAGUUAGGAGCCAAUUAUUUCGCCAGUGACACUAUUGGACCUGUUCCUCCUCGAGUCUCUUUAAAACCACCAACUCGAUGGCAACCAUCUCAACCUGGUCAAAACAAGACAUCUUUACCAUCGUCAUUCUCCUCUGUGCAAGUGCAUGGAACUCAGUUGCAGUCACCGGUGCGGAUGCCAAGCUUGAUGCACGGCCAACCUCCUGUACAACCGCAAGUGUCCAAACCGAAUCCGCCAUCGAUCACGCGCCUUGAUGAUGGAGAAUUUGCGUCGUCAAGCGUAUCCAUUCCCGGAUAUAAUCAGCGCCGCCCUCUCGAUGGUAUGCACCCAUCGCGAGCAGCUGCUCUUGGCUUGAUCGACCCGUUUCCAUCAUCUAUGGUAGCUGCAUCUGAUGUGGGACGUGACUAUACCAAUGAAAAGAGUAUUAAUGCUCGUUCCUACCAAAACACUCAAGCUGCAGUAGUGUUACCAUCAUCAUCGUCAUCAAAACCAUGGGCUCCCGUUGCCAGAGCCGAAUCUGUUGUUGAACCAGAAGAGUUCUAUGAUUGCCAGACUGAUGAUCCCAUCACAAGCGACAAUAAGAAACGCGAGUACUUGGCAAUGGAUGAAGAUACGGAGGGUAUUUUUCAAAAGGAACAAUCAAGCAAAAAGGUCAAGAUUGGAGAUGAUAGUGAUGGAUCCAGCGCUGGUGAGCUGAAUCGCAGGCAAAGUGUCAAUGAGUGGUAUGCUGCUGUUCCCAAAUCCAUGCGUAAUUGGCUGGAUAAGUUGUUCGGCAAAUAAAUCUCAUUUUCCACACCCGUCUCUCCAACACAAUACAUUACCAAAUUAACGUAGCCUACUUUAUAAAAAAAUGAGCUCUGCUGCUGUCGACUUCCUUUGUACGAAUAAUAAGAAGGCUAUAAUAAAAAAAA